CUCCCUCCCCCCGCGUGCGAUCACGCACUCUCAAUUACUGGCCAGACCUGAACUAGAAAUCGAAAGUAGGUGAAGCGAGAAGAAACUGCGAGAUUUUCUAUUACCUGUGUCAAACCGGAGUUGGGUAGAUAAUGAAAUAAAACGUCACACAUGAUGGACAAGUCCACCGAGAACCUCAGCAAGAAGAACAGCAUGAUUGAGAAGCUUAGAAGGAGCUUGCGGCGUCAAACGCGGAAGAAUCCUCCGUCACCUGGUGGCGAGGAAUCCAAUGUCCUACGUAAAUUACAUACAACUGCAAAGAACUCAGACUCUGCGGCUUCACCACAGCCUCCGUCACCCAGUCUGAAUGAUGGCUCUGCAUCCACCUCUCCGAACAACAACCAGAAAAAAGAGGAUGAUGAGUCAGAUGUUUCUUCUCACAAAUCCAGAACACUAACACGGUCGAACACAGAUCCCACUACGUCCACUGUUAAGAGAAUGAAAGAAUCUUUUUAUUUUAAAUGGAAAAAGAGCGAAGAUAAAGCCACCUCGAUUGAGGAAAAAGUGACUCCUACUUUUGAGGAAUACCUUGAAAGACAAUACCUGUUCGAAGCCACUCAACUGUUGAUAGACAGGGAGAAAGAUCUGUUUCGGGAGAUAACCGAGGCUGAUGCAAUGAAAGAUCACGAGGAAGCAGUAAAAAAGCUUGCUGCAGACUAUGAAGCCCUUGAAAAGCGUAUAGAGCAGACCGUGCAGCAGAGUCUUUCUCUCAGCAGUGAGGAAGAGGUGUCUGCUUUGAUAUCAGCAGUGAAAGCCAUCAACCUUGAGGAAGAGCAGGACCAGCUGCGGAAACAAAGAUGUCAGACUCCACCAGCCUGGAGGCCCAAGAAGUGGAAGGAGCACCAUGACAAAGUGCUUCAUGAAUUAGUGUAUAGUCGUUUGGAGAACCCAUCAAGCCCCACUGGUGACCAGGAGAACCAGUCCUCGAUCCAGGCAGACAUCCAGUCCAUGGGCAAGCAGCUGAAGGAGGACCUGCAGUGGGUGGUGGAGGUGGUGAAGAACUGCUACCCACCAGAGAUGGACAUCUGUAACUUUUAUGCAAGACAGUACCAUCAAACUUUCAGCGCAAGACUCAAAAAGAUUGCAGACUUUGUUCUGGAUGACAAGGACUGCAGUUUCCUCCUGCGAUGGGUGAAGGAGUUUUAUCCAGGAAUCCUUGAAAAACCUGAGCUGGCCAGUAAUAUCAAUACUGAAGCGCUGGGAAACCUGCUUCCUGACGAGUUACUGAAACCUCUGGAGGAGCAGUACCUCAGCAAACAACAGAGCGACCUGAUGAUUUAUAUUGACCGAGUAUUGGAUGAAGCGAAGAAAGAGUGGGAUCAAGGAAAGGAGCCGACAAGAGAUGAUGGUUGCUACGUCAGUCCUGUGGCCUAUGAUGUCAUCCAGUUUAUCAACGGCAUCGUGACAUCAGCACAUAUAACUGUAAGAGACCCGCACAAGGCCCAGAAAAUAACAUCCAACCUGACAGACUUCAUGCAGAGGUAUAAAGAGUUUCAUGAAGACAUCUUAAGGCAGAACAAACCGCACAGCAAAGCUUUCAUAAAGGCAAACCUCAGCUGUGUCAAACAGUUCAGGGACUUCCUUGUGGAGCACGAUCUGUUCCCAGAGAAUGUGCGGGAAAAAUGUUUGCAGGUCCUGACUGAGAUGAAACAGUCUGCCCACACUUAUUUAUUAACUCCUGUGCACAAGAUCCUCAAGCCACACUACCAGAAGGUGGGAACCAGUGACUGGCUGAAGAAGAACACAUUUAAGAAGCUGCUGAAUAGCACUGAAGAAGAGCUUCGAGAACUUCAGGGUUCCAGUCAGUCCUCUUACCAGGAGCUGAUUGGUCAGCUUUACCAGGAAGUGGCAGAAGAAUAUGUCCGGAGGCUCCUGAAAGGAAAGAUCAAAUUAAAGAACAACAAAAAGCAGAAGAAGGCUUACGAGACUGUGAAAGGAAAUGCAGAGAAACUGCACGAGCUGUUUGCCAAAAUGGGAUCCAAACAAGACUGGUUAAAGGAAAUCCUGACCAAGAUUGCAGAAGUGCUAAGACUCCAAGACAUUCCUGCCAUACAGAUGCAAAUCGUUUCACUAGGAUCUGCUUAUCCUGACCUCAGUGAAGAACAUGUUUCGGCUCUGCUCAAACUCAAAACAAACCUCUCUAACGCCGACAUGAAUACCAUCACAUCCACUGUGCUGGACAUACUAAGAGAAAGCUAUACUGGUGGUGAAACCCGGAUGUUUUUCUCCAAUGUUAAAGUGAUGAGCCCUUCAUUUCCAUCAUGUAUAACAUCAUGCCGUGGAUAAGAUGAGUUGAAUUCUAGUGCUUUCAGUCUGUCAGUAAGGAUGUACAAAGUGGCUGGACAUGGACAAGCCUGAUUCAAAUGUUACUGGUACUAUGCUAAUAACAAACAUCAGACUGUGUGUGUCCACAUGUGACCAGAUUGCAGGAGACAAUCUUUUCCUCUCUGCAUUUUUGCAUUUUGUGUUGUAUUGUGAAAUGUGCUCUUUGCAUGAUGCUACAGUACUUUAGAAUUUAAUGACUCUGUAUCUUUUAAUAUGUUAGAUUUGUCUCUAAAAGACGAUGUCACGAUUUUUGAGGCAAACCGUGUGGAGACGAGAGAUGUGGACCCAAGAAAUAGAUGCAGGAGAAUGUUUAAAUUGAAGACGAGCCUUUAUUAGCACUAGAAAAGCAACUAGCAAGGGGAACAGUCACUAGCGAGGGACACUAACAAAACCUAGACUGGGAGAAGCUAACAUGAAACCUGAAACAAAGAAUGAGGAAACCUGAAAACUGGAAACACAGGUAGAGGAACGCAGGAAAAGAUGAACAGGGGGUGAUACAGACGCUCUGACAAGGAACAGAGGUUAACACACUAAAUAUACACACAAGACAACGUGACAAAACACUGAAAACAGGACACAAGACUCGCCAAAGUAAAAUAGAAAACAUGAGACGAUUGUAUAGGAAUUUCUUUUACUUAUGUAUUAAUCACAUUAUUUUAUUGUAUAAUGCCUUGGUGCCACUGGAUUUUAACAUGUCUCACACUCAUACAGUAAGACAAAUGGUGGGGGUCUAGUAAAGAAGUUGGGGGCAAGCAGACAACUCCACAGGAAGAAUCUUUUGUCUCUUAGAGGACUCUGGGAGGAAGUAAGGGAGUGUGAACCUUAAGGUGUGAAACAGCUGUGUACUGCCUUUUGUUCCUGAAGAAGGUAUUUAACUGAGAGCCAUGUUAGGCUCGUGAGACUCUGCUGACCGUUUGCCCCGCGAUCAUGCAGGCUCUCCACCAACUUGGUUUUCUGUUCUUUGUGUUUGAUUAAAGAAUGUUAGCUACCGCUCACCGCUCAUCUGCAGGCUUUAUUUAAUGGAAAACUUCCACAAGAAAAUGGCGUCACGAACAGGAUGGUCCGUGUGGUCGCUGAACAAUGGUUCAGUGGACGGGCUGAUCACCCCUGAGGGAAAAGGUACCUUUGUCCUACCAGCUGUUGAAGCAAAGGAAACGGAGGAGUCACGGAGCCGUAUGUUUUAGCCACCACCGAGACCAUCAACUUUGAGGGGACUCCUGCAGAUGGGUGAGUUGUAGCUAACUUGUAACAAGUCACAAGAGUUUUGUGUCUGGCCAAGGAGGUGAGCAUGUUGCGACCUUUGGGGAGCUCAAGAAGGUGAACAUGUUACGACCUUCCAGGGCAAGAGCUCCGAAGGAGUCUUCGUGUAGAAUCACGGAGUGACAUCCCUAGCGUCUCCUAAAAGAUCCUAACUUCUUUAAAGGAGACUGGGGGUGGCGGUGUUCGUUCCUUGGUCCGUAGAAGGCAAGGAACCUCACGGGGGACGCCUCGUGUAGUAAAAUGGGAUCUAGAUCCAGUAAGGCAGUCAGCGGAGUCGGAUUAGCGGCUCGAGAGGCGGCUGCGACAAGCGCUCCACCGGGCAGCCAGAGACAAAACUCAGUGCGUGACUGUAUGGUAAGAACUGUGGGUAAAAGUAUGUUGUGUAAGAUGGCAGAGAAUGGUUGUGUGAGAAAGGGUUCCCUGAGCAUGAACCAGUUGAAAGUUAGAAGAACAGUUGGGGGGAAAAGGAAAAGAAAUGUUGAACAAGUGAGUUAAUAGGUUGAUGUGUGGGUGUAAAAACAGUGAAAAAUGGGUUUAAAAAUGUUGAAAAUGGGGAACAAAAACAAGGAAAAAAAAAAGAGAGGAGUGUAGAAAUGUGUGUAAAAGUAAUCGUCUCCAACUAGCGGAAGGUGGUGGUACUGCAGGCCACCAGCUCCCCUAGGGUGGACACACACACACACAAAAUUAGCAGAAUUGUUGAUGAAAAUAAGCAAUAAAAAUAGGAAGAGGGUUUGGUGUUUUUUCAACGUAGAACAACUACAAUCUCUCUGGGUUUUUAAGAAAGGGGAGUUCAGAACCAGAGAGAGGAGACGUGUUGUUUUAAGCA